CCUGGGGGAUGCCCGUCCCGGUGUCACCAGGACACCCCUUCCCGCCUCCCUGCCGCAGCGCUGGGGCUCCGAGCCUGCCGCGCUCCCGGCUGGCACACGUGGAGCGCAGAAGGAAGUGCCGGCCCUGCGCGGGGAGGAGGAAGGAACCUGGCGCUGGAGUUUCCAGGUGUGUGCACAUCACCUGCCCGGCCCUAUAAAAAGGCGGCGGCGGCGGCGGCGCUGCCACUCGGCCGCCUCAUCCCCGGGGCUGCGCUUCCCAAGGGUCCCCCCCAAACUUUGGCGUGUUCCCCUCCCCAGAUUUGGGCGUGUUCCCUGCCCCCCCAAACCCCCCCCCCCCCCCCGCCCUUGCCCCCCAAAUUUUGGCGUGGUCCCUCGACACCUGGCUAUGGGCUGGCUGGCUGCCGUGGCCGUGCUGGCGGCGCUGUGCCAGUGCCGGGGGCUGCGGCGCGCCGGGGGCGGCUCCGCGCACUCCGCCGUGCGCUGCUUCAGCGGCGCCGAGCUGGGCGACGAGGCUCCCGUUCACCUCCUGGGCCGCAGCCUGCGCUGGGACCGGCACGUCUCGGUGCAGCUGGUGCCGCAGCUGGAGCGCCUGGAGGCCGCCGGGGCCCUGCGGCGGCGGCGGCACCGCCCGCCCGCCUGCCCCGCGCUGCCGCUGCGCGCCGGGCUCCGCGGCGAGCCCCACGAGCGCUCCAUCUCCCCGUGGCGCUACCGCAUCGACGAGGACGAGAACCGCUACCCGCGCAAGCUGGCCUUCGCCGAGUGCCUGUGCAGCGGCUGCGUGGACGUGAAAACCGGCCGGGAGACCACGUCGCUCAACUCGGUGACCAUCCAGCAGACCAUGCUGGUGCUGCGGCGCAAGCCGUGCCCGCGGCCCGCGGGGCUGGGGCUGGUGGCGCUGGAGGUGGAUUACAUCCGAGUGCCCGUGGGCUGCACCUGCGUCCUGCCCCGCACGGCGCGCUGAGCCCGCCCCGGUGACCGUGUCACCCAGCCC